AUGAGCUCGACAAGUGGUGUCAAAAAGAUAAAGGAUCCCUUUAAGUAUAAAAUGGGAGAUAUGAGUCUUCAUAGAGAAAAUGCUCCUUAGUACUAUCCUCCUAGAAAGAGAAAGGAAUUCAGGGAUUAUUUGAGUAGAUCUAGCGUCAGGUUUUAGCAAAUGGUCCUACCCUGUGACAUCCCAGAUUACUCUAAUGAUUAAAUAGAUUAAUAUAAUCCAUCGAAAGAACUCAAUGACACAAUUAAUUACCUGAACAAUAAGCCCAAAUAACAAGCUUUUUCAGUUAAUAGACAGAAAAUUAUGGCUAAAGCUGCAAAAUCUGUUUCAAUGGAUAGAGCUUAACAUAGGAGACCUUCAAAUGGCAUAAAACCAAAAGCAACCUAGAACUGGUGGGCUGAUCAAGAAACCGUCUCGCAUUUGAUGCUUACCAAUUUAGAAAAUUUCAACUCGAAUGCAGUUAAGUAAUAGCAUCAUUAGCAAAAGUAGUUCUCUAAGAAUUUCUCAAAAGCAAUUAGAAAAGUCAGUUUCAGAGUGGGUUAUGAGGGAGCACCUGAUUAUCAAACUACGAAAACAAAACUUCAUGAUAUGCCAAUGAAGGAAGGUUUCAGUGAUUGCGUCCCAGUAAUAGAAGAGAAAAGAAAUAGGAAAAAUGAUAGUAAUGUCGUGCUAGCUUUAACAAAAAAGGUCAUUGGUUCUGACACAUUUAUUAAAGAAGCUUAUAAUACUUACAAAUCAGUAGAUACAACUUAGGCAAGGAUUGAUUAAAAAGAGAAGUACUAGGAAAUCCUAGAUUAGAGUCAGCAUAAUAAAUUCUAAGAGCUUAUUUCAAAGGCAAGGGAAACUUUGAACAAAAGAUUUUUAUUGAAAGAUAGCUCUCAGGAACAAGCAAUAGAGUAUGUUAAGUAAGGACUGUCAGCCAAAGAAUAAAGAUUUUAACAGAGGAAUCAUUCAAGCGUAUUCAAUUCUUGUCAUGACCCUAACCCUGAUUCAAUUCAAAUUGCCAGUCCUUCUAAGACAGUUGCAAGUACAGCAGUCUUGAAUAACUUAUACCAUCGAUCUAGUUCUCUUAGUUAGUAAUAGCCACUAAACAAUGAUGAGGUUAAUCUAGAUCACUAUCAUACAUUCUACCUCCAAUCAUUAAGAGACCAUGAACUGCAUCAAAAGUUGAAAAGCUAGAACUUUCACAUAUCUGGACCUAAUCAUAAGCCUAUUAAUGAAUAAAUAAGCAAUAUACAAAAGUAAUAGAAUGCGUAUGGAUCAAAGUUGAAAAACUCCGUUUAAGAAAGACCUUAAUCCUCAUCUGGAGCAAAAAGUAAUCAAUAUCGUACUUCAUUCUAGGACACAUAUUUUAAAAAGACACUUGAUAAGCAGUUUCACAAAGAUGUGAAGGAUGUGUAUGAUUUUAUGAAAAAGCGAAAUAUCUCUUUCAAUCACCCUCUAAGUGACUUGCAUACAAUAUCUGAAUAAUAGCAGCAAUUAAAUAGUGCGAGAGUCCCCGACUAUAAUAAUAUAAAUCUGAUCAACCAUCUUCCAUUUAAAGAUGAUCAGCACACUAAUAAUAGUAGAUUCAAUACCCACUAUCGCUAAUUAUACUUUAAUAGGCAGGAUAAGGAAUCACUAAUGAAGAAUUUCACUUAGAAUAAUGACCUCAAUUCUUUUUAUAUGGAUAGAAUACUCAAAGAAAACCACUUUUUAGGUAAAGUAACAGAAUAGGAGCACUUAGACAAUCUCAGAAGUGAGAAAUAAGUCAGAUACUAUAGAAGCAAGGAAUAAAAGUCAACUAUCAUGCAAGAAAUUCUUGAAGGCAACGGUCCUCAUUAAUUAAGAGAAGAAUUCAAAGAAAAAAUCGAGCGCUAGAACUAUCACAUUAAAUAGCCAAUCAUAAGUGGGGGUGAUAAGUUUUUUGAAGAUGUUGAAAAGAGAAACUACAACCUGGGUUCUACUCAGGAGUUAAUGCUGAAUGGUAAUAAGACAAAUGAGCUAAAAUUCACCUUGUCAGCAAGUGACUUCAAUCAUUUGAAUUUUAGAGACAAGAUGGAUGACUAGAAGAAGACUAAUUUCCAUUUUGGAAAUCACUCAAUCACAAAUGAGAAUGAUCAGUCUAAAUCUAUAGAUAUAACUUAGGAUUAGAUAGAGAAUGGCUAGGUUAGGAAAACACAAGAACUACCGCCUUAAGGUCAAUAUUCAACUUUCUCACCCAUUAAGUCUAGACCAAUAAUAGCUUCAUUCACAGGUAGCAAAGGCUACUAAUCUAAUUCUAACAUUAACUCUACUUAGACUACUAUUUUGUCACGACCCUAAACUGGACAAAGUAAUAUGCACCCAUCUGAUGCUAGAUAUAUUACACAGGAUGUACACAAGUCAGCAGAUAGAAUCAAGUAGCAGCAUUAAAGAUCUAAGGUUAUACUUGGCUCUGAUGGCAGAGAUCACAGAAUAAGGACUGACUACAGAAAUAAUUUCAUGUGGACUGUCCCGAAGUUUGCUGUUUGA